AUGUCAACAUCACUUGUUGGCCAAACAAUCCAAAAGUUUUUUGGACAUGAAUCAGUUGACUACCUAGAAUAUAUUAUCUCGUCUCAAGCCCUAUCUAUUGACCCGGGAGAAGUAGAAACCAUCAAGCGAUGGGAACCACCUCAAACAGCGAAGGAAGUGCACAGUUUUCUCGGCCUUACAGGUAACUAUCGGGCGUUUAGCAAGUUCACUGAGCGGUUGCUAAAGAAAGAGGUUUUCCAAUGUACACCAGAAGCUCAAAUAGCUUUUGAAACUUUAAUGGCUAAAUUGGAAUCCACCCCUGUAUUGGACUUGCCAGAUUUUAAUCAUGAAUUUCAAGUAGAGACUGAUGCUUUAGGGAAAGGAAUUGGUGCUAUUAUGUAUCAAAAAGGGAACACAAUUGCAUAA